AUGGGCAAGCCAUCAGGAUCAGCAAGAGGGGGGAAAGGCGGACGUGGCGCAGCGGGAGCGGGAGGAGCAGGUCGAGGCAGAGGCCGUGGCGGCCGAGGUGGAGGACGCAACUUGGCAAGUCGUUAUGCUUCAGCCUUCGACACCGACAAUUGGCGGCCCGACAGUGCCAUCGACGAGCCGAGAAGUAAAUCGAGUGAUGGUAGCGAUGAAGACACCGAUGCAUCCGAGAGUCAAGACGACAGCGAAGGAGAGUCAGCCGAGGCUGGAUCUUCAUCAAGAAGACCAGAUGCAGCCACCUCCAGCGGCGAAGAGCCGGAUACCGACGACAGCGACACGAAUUCGGUCGAUGGAGGCAGCGAUGUCGACUCGAUAGACGUCCCCGUAGCCAUGUGGGACUUCAACCACUGCGAUCCUAAACGGUGCUCGGGCAAGAAACUAUCGCGGCUAGGCUUGAUCCAGGAGCUGCGCGUUGGACAGAAGUUCCGCGGCAUCGUGCUUACUCCCAACGCCACACAGACACUCUCACCCGCAGAUGCACACAUCAUUGCAGACAACGGCGUAGCGGUGGUGGAAUGCAGCUGGGCACGCUUGGACGAAGUGCCUUUUGGCAAGCUCAAGAGUCCCAACGAGCGGCUCCUACCGCACAUGAUCGCCACCAAUCCCGUCAACUACGGCAAGCCGAUGAAGCUCAACUGCGUCGAAGCGCUCGCAGCUGCUUUCUAUGUAUGCUCGAUGCCUGCACAGGGAAGAUUGCUCCUGUCCAAGUUUGGAUGGGGCGAGCACUUCCCCAAAAUCAACGCGAGGUGGAUCCGCGCCUACCGCGACUGCAACGAUGCACGCGAGGUGGACGAGCUGAGUCGCAAGAUGGUGGAGGAGGAUCGGUUGGAGAAAGAGGAGCUCAAGAAGCGAUUUCAGGAGGCCGGUGGUAUCCAAGGCACGCUCGACCGAAUCGCCGAUGAGGCCGCUGGGGGCCUUCCAGACGAGGACGGCGACGUUACCAGCCAGGACGAGCGAGAAGCCGAGGAGCGAGCGCUGCGGCAAGACUUUUCCAAGAUCGUUCGUGUCACCGAUCCUGCUGCUGCCACGUAG